UUGCAGUAAAACCAAUACACUCUUGAUUUCAAAACCGAUCAUCAAUGGCUUCGGCGCCAUCACCUGCUACUAAUAAGCCGUUUUCAGUUCUCUUUGUUUGUCUCGGAAAUAUCUGCAGAAGCCCUGCGGCUGAAGGCGUCUUCACCCACCUCGUAAAGCAAAGGAGUCUUCACUCCCAAUUCUUCAUUGAUUCUGCUGGAACCAUCAAUUAUCAUGAGGGUAAUCAAGCAGACGCAAGAAUGAUAGCAGCUGCGAAAAAGCGUGAUGUUGAGAUAACUUCGAUAUUGAGGCCGAUAAGGCCCUCCGAUUUCACAGAUUUUGAUCUCAUUCUUGCCAUGGACAGGCAGAAUAAAGAGAAUAUACUUGCGGCAUUUGAGAAGUGGAAGAAGAGAGAGACAUUACCUGCUGAUGCAGCUAAGAAGGUUCAGUUAAUGUGUUCCUACUGCAAGCGGCAUAAUGAAACUGAGGUACCUGACCCGUAUUAUGGUGGCCAACAAGGAUUCGAGAAGGUUCUAGAUAUACUCGAAGAUGCUUGUGCAUCGCUCUUGGAAAGUAUUCUUGGCGCAACAAGUCUUGGCUAAGUUUCGGGCUUUCUUCUCCAUCCAUGCUUGUUGUCUUCCAUAUUUCUACUCGACUACUAACUUCCAAUUUGCAUCGACAGAUGAAAUUUUUGAUGCUACCAUCACUCUGUCUAUUACUUAUCAUUGUUAUUCUCUCUUUUUGAUGCCCUAAAAUAAAAACUAAUUAACCAGUGAA